ACUAAACUUCAUGUAAUUUUAUUUCCUUAAUCCAAUAACAUAAAAGCCCAUGCAACUUAAGUUUCCCGAAGCACAAAUUAGCCUCUUGUCUCCUAAUAUCUUCUUCUUUUUUUUCUUUUUUCUUUUUUUUUUUAAAGAAACAGUAGAGAUAUUCAAAUUUAAAAUGUUAGCUCAAAUCGAUAAAUUCACUUGUAGCUGUAGGCCUUGUGUCCCCUAACUAUUACAUAAACAAACUCUUCCUGCUUUUUUUUUUUUUCAAUUAACUGUAAUGGCAUUCUCUCUUCUAAACCUGCUGCUGCUCCUCUUUUUCUUUUCUCCAAUCUUCUUCUCUUCUGCUUGGGCUGCCAACAUUUCUUCUUCUUCUUCUGCAAAUUCUCUAGACACCCAUCUCUCUUCCUUAAGAAAUUUCUGCAGUGGGAGACCCUACCCAGAUGCAUGUUUUGAUUCAUUAAAGCUCUCUAUCUCCAUAAACAUCAGCCCAAACAUCCUCAACUAUAUUCUCCAGACUCUCCAAACAGCAAUAUCCGAGGCUGGGAAGCUUACAAAUCUAUUCUCUUCUGCUGGUAGUUCAUCAAAUAUUAUCCAGAAACAAAGAGGGACAAUUCAAGAUUGCAAAGAACUUCAUGAGAUUACAUUGUCUUCCUUAAAGAGAUCAGUUUCAAGGAUUCAAGCAGGUGAUUCCCAAAAACUAGCUGAUGCAAGAGCUUACCUUAGUGCAGCACUAACAAACAAGAACACUUGUUUAGAAGGACUGGAUUCUGCUUCUGGUCCGUUAAAGCCUGUUCUUGUAAAUUCCGUGAUUAGUACAUACAAGCAUGUGAGUAACUCUAUCUCAAUGAUCCCUAGUCCAAAUAGUGAAAAGGGUCAGAAGAAUCGCCGCCUUUUAGGAUUUCCAAAAUGGUUGUCGAAGAAAGAUCGAAGGAUUUUGCAAAGUGAUGAUGGUGAUGAAUAUGACCCUAGUGAAGUGCUUGUAGUAGCUGCAGAUGGAACUGGAAGUUUUACUACUAUUACUGAUGCUAUAAACUUUGCUCCUAAGAAUAGUUUUGACAGAAUAAUUAUCUCUGUCAAAGAAGGUGUAUACGAGGAGAAUGUAGAAAUCCCAAGUUAUAAGACUAACAUAGUUCUAAUUGGUGACGGAAGUGAUGUUACAUUCAUUACUGGUAACAGAAGUGUUGAUGAUGGUUGGACCACUUUCAGAUCUGCAACUCUCGCUGUGUCUGGUGAGGGUUUCUUGGCAAGGGAUAUAACAAUUGAAAACACAGCAGGAGCGCAGAAGCACCAAGCAGUUGCCCUUCGCAUAAAUGCAGACCUAGCAGCAAUGUAUAGAUGCACCAUUAACGGAUACCAAGACACAUUAUAUGUGCACUCAUUUCGGCAGUUUUAUCGAGAGUGUGACAUAUACGGAACCAUAGAUUACAUAUUUGGUAAUGCUGCAGUAGUGUUCCAAGCUUGUAACAUUGUAUCUAAAAUGCCAUUGCCUGGCCAAUUCACUGUCAUUACUGCCCAAUCACGCGAAAUUCCUGAAGAAGAUACUGGGAUUUCGAUACAGAAUUGCUCGAUUCUGGCGACUGAGGAUCUGUACUCAAAUGCUUCCAGUGUUAAAAGCUAUCUAGGCAGGCCAUGGAGGACCUACUCGAGAACUGUGAUUCUUGAGUCCUACAUUGAUGACUUCAUCAAUCCAACAGGGUGGAUCGAGUGGCCUGGUAAUCAAGGAUUAGACACACUGUAUUAUGGGGAGUAUGAUAAUUACGGACCUGGUUCUGCUACCGACAAUCGAGUUACUUGGCAAGGAUAUCAUGUGAUGGAUUACUAUGAUGCCUUUAAUUUUACUGUAUCAUAUUUCAUUACUGGUGAUGAGUGGCUCGAUUCCACUUCAUUUCCUUAUGAUGAUUCAAUUUGAAGCUUAAAAUGACUUAGUGUUGAUAUUUAGAUAUGUCCUUGUCAAUUGGGCUGACUAAGUAGCCUAAUAUUUCCAAAUCCUACAUGAAUGAUAGAAUCUCUUUACAUCUCA